AUGAUAAGUCUCUCUCUUUCUUCACCUGCUUCUUCACUUACACUCAAGUCCAACCAUCCUUCCCGCCAAAGAAUCACCAGCAAUCACCCUCGCAAAACCCUUAAUUUUGAAACUCUCAAGGACAGUUUGAUCAAUCAAGCAAAUGUGGGCCACAUCAAGGAAGCAAUCUCGACCCUUGAUUUCAUGUCUAAGAAUAGCUUCACACCAGAUCUCACUGUCUACUCUGUACUACUGAAGUCCUGCAUUCGGACCCGGAAUUUUGAUCUGGGUCAAGUUGUACAUUCCAGACUUGUGGAGUCGAAACUUGAGUGUGAUUCAAUUGCAUUGAAUUCGCUGAUCAGCCUGUACGCGAAAUGUGGGGAGUGGGAAAGGGCUGAGGAAAUUUUUGAAAGUAUGGAGGGAGAUAAGAGAGAUUUGGUUUCGUGGAGCGCGAUGAUUUCGUGCUAUGUGCGCAGUGGUUUGAAUUUACAGGCGAUUAUGACGUUCUUUGAAAUGGUGGAAUUUGGGGAGUGCCCGAAUGAAUUUUGCUUUUCGGCGGUGAUUCAAGCUUGUUCCAAUAAAGAAUAUGCCUGGGUUGGGGUGGUAAUUUUAGGUUUUGUGUUGAAAUCUGGGUAUUUUGAAGCUGAUGUUUGUGUUGGGUGUGCGUUGAUUGAUUUAUUUGCAAAGGGGUUUUGUGAUUUGGAGUUAGCAAAAAAAGUGUUUGAUGAAAUGCCAGAGAAAAAUUCUGUUUCGUGGACAUUGAUGAUUACGAGGUGUUCCCAAUUGGGGUUACCGGGGGAUGCAAUUGAGUUGUUUAGGGAUAUGGUAUUGGCUGGGUUUACACCAGACCGAUUUACAUUUAGUAGUGUUUUAUCAGCUUGUUCUGAAUUGGGGUGGUUGUUUCUUGGGCAGCAACUUCACUGUUGGGUCAUCAAGAGUGGGUUGUGUUUUGAUGUUUGUGUUGGGUGUAGUUUGGUGGACAUGUAUGCAAAGUGCGCAGUGAAUUCCUCAAUGGAUGAUUCAAGGAAAGUUUUUGAUCGAAUGCCAGAGCACAAUGUCAUGUCUUGGACAGCAAUCAUAACAGGGUAUGUGCAAAAUGGAGGCUUUGAGAAGGAAGCUAUUGAGUUGUAUUGUAGGAUGAUGAUAGAAAGUAGAGUGAGGCCGAAUCAUUUUACUUUUGCUAGUGUUUUGAAGGCAUGUGGGAAUCUUUUUAAUGCGGAUUUGGGCGAACAGAUAUACAAUCAUGUAGUGAAAUUGGGUCUUGCAUCAGUUAAUCUUGUCGGCAAUUCUUUGAUUAGCAUUCAAAUUGAUGGUUCAAGAGUUGGUCUUGAUGCGUUUACAUUUGCAAGUCUUUUGAGCGGAGCUGCAAGUGUUGGAGCAGUUGGUGUGGUAACAUAG